CUGAUAGCUGGUCACUCUGGCUAGCAAAUGCCGGAAAAUAAAUAUUCUGUGCAUUUUUGUAAUAAACUCCGCUGACAUUAGCCACAAGCUUGAAUUAAAGAAGCAGUUUGCUUCGUGAUUCUUACGGCGAACAAGGAAACAGGAAUCCAGGAAGAAUGGCCAAUCGCACGGUAAAAGAAGCCAAAAACGUGCAUGGCACCAAUCCGCAGUACCUCAUAGAGAAAAUCAUCCGCUCGAGGAUAUACGACUCAAAAUAUUGGAAGGAGCAGUGCUUCGCCCUAACCGCAGAACUGCUGGUGGACAAGGCCAUGGAGCUGCGUUUCGUCGGCGGCGUCUACGGUGGAAACAUCAAGCCCACUCAAUUCCUCUGCCUUACACUGAAGAUGCUGCAGAUUCAACCGGAGAAAGACAUCGUGGUGGAGUUUAUCAAGAACGAGGAAUUCAAGUACGUGCGAGCCCUGGGAGCAUUCUAUCUUCGGCUCACCGGAGCCGCCCUGGACUGCUACAAGUACCUAGAGCCGCUGUACAUUGACAAUCGCAAGCUGCGCCGCCAGAACCGCGCUGGGCAAUUCGAGAUAGUUUAUAUGGACGAGUACAUAGAUGAGCUGCUUCGCAAUGACCGCGUUUGCGAUAUAAUACUGCCCCGCAUCCAAAAGCGUUCCAUUCUGGAGGAGAACAACGAGAUCGAGCCCAAAGUGUCAGUCUUGGACGAGGAUUUGGACGACGAGCUGCCCAGCGAUGAGGAGAAAGUGGAUGAGUCCAAUAGGCCCAAAGAGAAUUCUACAUCAGUGCGACGUCCGCGAAGAGGUCGCUCGAAGUCCAGGUCGCGCAGCAGGGAACGCGAACGAAGAUCUGGACAGGGCAAUACCGCUCGCUCUCGGGAUUAUUAUGACGAACUGGAAGAUUACGACCGUCAGAGAAAUCGGGCGCGCAAUAGGGACAACCAAAAUGAGGAUUACGACCGUCGGCAGACCAGUGGACGCCAGGACCGAGAACGAGAGAGGGAACGCCAGGAUCGGGACAGGAUAAGAGAGCGUGAAAGAAACGGAGACAGAGAUCGUCGGGAUAGGGAUCGGGAACGGGAACGCGACCGUGGCCGUCACGAUCAGCGAGAACGAGAUUCGCGGGGAGAACGAGAGAGACGCCGCUACUAAUUUUAAGAUUUAUUCGAAUUGACCAGUAAAAAAUAUGAAAAAAAUAAA